CGGGAACAAGAUGGAGACGAGCCGGCGCUGAUGGAGACCCCGGACCCUGGUGGAGAUGGAGAGACAGAGAUAGAGAGACAGAAAUGCAGAGAGGGAGAGAUGCAGUGAGAGACACAUAAAGACAAUGGCGCUGAGACCCCGGACCCUGCAGUGAUUUACCUCAUGAAUUCAGAAAGCUCCUGGUGAGUGCGCUGCCGGACAUCCGCUGUUUUCAAGGUCCUCAGAGCGCUGCGGCCUCGCUCUGGUCAACGCCGCCCGCUGCAGCCUAGCUCGAUCCCACCGCCUGAUGGGGAGGUUUCUGCUCUACGACUUCGGGUUUAGGAGCUGUUGCUGUGGGCGGAGAGACGGAGAUGUGAGCGGCCAUUGAGGGCGGCCAAGGUGCCGGUGAGUCCCCCCCAUCUGUUUGGUGUGUGGACUGAGCUUUGAGGGGCUGAGCUUCAGUGGAGGGCCACAUGGCGGGGCACAAGGAGAAGCGUUAUGAGUGUGAAGUGUGUGGGAAGGCCUGGCAGUACCCGAGCUCUCUGGAGAUCCACCGGCGGGUUCACACAGGAGAACGCCCCUUCGACUGUUCGGAGUGCGGCAAAGACUUCAAGAUGGCGCAACACCUGAAGCUGCACCAGCAGCUGCACACGGGCGAGAAGCCCUAUGGCUGCCCCACCUGCGGCAAGAGCUUCGCCCGGAUAUCGCGGCUGCGGGAGCACAGGCGGGUGCACAGCAGUAAACGGCCCUUUACGUGCUCCGACUGCGGCAAAGGCUUCAAGUCGUCGCAGGACCUGAAGGUGCACAGGCGUGUACACAACGGGAAGCAGCCCUACACCUGCAGCGACUGCGGCAAGGACUUCUCCAGCUCCAGCAACCUGCUGAAGCACAAGCGCAUCCACACCGGCGAGCGUCCCUACACCUGUGUUCAGUGCGGCAAGGGCUUCACCCAGUCACAUCAUCUGCUGUCCCACCAGCGCAUCCACACCGGGGAGCGGCCCUACACCUGCAAUGACUGUGGCAAGGGCUUCGCCCGCUCCGACAUCCUGCUGGAGCACCAGCGCAUCCACACUGGCGAGCGCCCCUACACCUGCAGCCACUGCGGCAAGUGCUUUUCCCAGUCCAGCAUCCUGCUUGUGCACCAGCGCAGCCACACUGGCGAGCGCCCUUACACCUGUGCCCUGUGCGGCAAGGACUUCAGCCGCUCCUCCUAUCUGCUGAACCACCAGCGCAGCCACACCGGCGAGCGCCCCUACAACUGCGCCCAGUGCGGCAAGGUCUUCACCGAGUCACAUCAUCUGCUGGAGCACCAGCGCAGCCACACCGACGAGCGCUCCUACACCUGCGCCCAGUGCGGCAAGGGCUUCACCCGCUCCUCCGGGCUGCGCUCCCACCAGCGGGUGCACGCCGGCAACCGUCCCUUCCCCAGCUCAAUGUGUGGAGAGGGCUUUGCCAUGGCCUCCCACGCCCUGUCUCACCAGCACGUGCACACCAGUGGCCAGCCCUACGACUGCCCGUACUGUGGUGAGUCGUUUGACAGCUCGCGGGGGUUGCGGCAGCACCAGCGGACCCACGCCGGCGAGCGGCUGCUCCCACUGCGGGAAGCGUUACAAGAGAGCACGGGGGCUGCGGGAGCACCAGAGGAUACACACCAGAGAGAGACCCUUCAGUGA